AUGAUGAUUCCCAUCUUUGUGCUGCUCCAUCUCUUGUUUCUCAACUUGGAUGGAUGUUUUGGAGCGCUUGCUGACUUGCAUUUGAUUCCCUUACAACACAAUCAAGAAACCAUCUUUUCUAGAUUCCUUGAAUAUGAUGUUACAAGAGUCACAUCCAAGGGCAUUGUAACAUCCGCAGAGAAACAUCACUUCAUGAUACGAGAUGUGAAGCGGAUCAACAUUCAGAGUGCUGCAAACUUAAUACUGUCACGAACUGCUAUACAGUCAAACUCAGGUUCAAACCUUGGAUUGAAUGUGUCCAUGUCGGGUGACAUCAUUUCAUUGUCGUUUGGCGGUCAAGCAAUAUACAGCUUCUAUGGCAAUUAUGGCAGUCAGUUCUAUGUACCACAAAACAGUCUCUAUUACUACUCCUUUGCUGCCCUGGAUCCCCCGACCACUGUGGUCUCAUCAGAAAUGGUUUGCUUCUCACUUAAAAGUCAAAUCAAGUGUUACGUCCUCGGUCAGUACGUGUGGAACGAUGUUGCGUUGUACAGCCCCUGCUCCAAGGUUCAGUGCACAGCAGGGAAUCCCAUGUCCCUGUGGAGGUCAGCGAUAGCAUACAGCGGUACCACGCCGACGGGACGGCGCUAUGUCCAGGUAUCAGCAGCUAAGAGCUCCCAAGGAUCGUACUCCAUGUCUUGUCUCGGAGGUUGUGGAUAUUCCACAGACGUCAUGACAAGCUCGGACCCUACCUUCGGGACGUCUGUCGCCCUCUCUGAGAACUUUCUUGCUAUCGGUUGCCCCGGGAACAACUACGUGCGAGUGCUGAAAGCGAGUGGAGCUGAUUUGUCCGCAGAUCCUUACAGCCCGUUCACUGGUUGGACUUUGUUUAACACCUUUUACGGAAAUCCGGAUCAAAACUUUGGUCAACAGAUGUCAAUAAGCAGCAACUUUCUCAUCGUUGGAGCUCCUGCAACGUCCUGUACCAGUGGGAUGGUUGCAGUGUAUAGAGUGGAUGGAUCGACAAACGUCUCGAAAUUCUGUGAGAUUACAGACUCGAACAUCGGCAGUCUGUUUGGGUUCUCAAUCGCGCAAAUCUCGUACGGAAACCUUACUUUUGCUGUUAUCGGUGCUCCUGGAGAGAACAUGGCUUAUGUCCUUGCACUAAGACAUUCUCCGUACCUGUGCGAGGUUCGAAACUCCUUGGCCCCGGUCAGCGGCACUGUGUUUCCAGGAGAUCAAUUCGGCUACUCAGUUGCCAUCAACAGGCAGUCCAUCUUUGUUGGAGUUCCUUACUACAGCACCCCAGAUAUCUCAGGGUUGCUGUAUGUUUUCACCUACUGCUCGCCAGGUUAUGUGGCUGCUUCCUCCUCUUCUUGCACUCCCUGCUCUACAGGUCAAACGUCCGACGGCGGGGUGUCGCGUUGUGUCCCGUGUAACGUCUCAAUACCUCAACAUGCUUCUUGUUCCCCAGGCUGCAGCCCCUCGUGUGAAUGUAAUGCUGGGUACUUUGGAGAUCGGUGCUUGCCAUGCUCGCAGUACGCUCUCAGUGCAGGGCAUACAAAGCCUCUCAAUUCCUCUUGGAUUGACCAGCAGGCAACCUGCACUUGGAAAUGCGACAUGGGGUUUCAGAAGACGAACGAUACUUGCCUUGCUUGUCCGAACACUGAUCAGUUUGACCGACUGCUACACGUGGAGUGGAUACCCGGAACCUGCUCAUGGCGGUGCAAGGCCACCUACUUCAGAGUCAAUCAAAGUGGGAUUGAAACGAACUGUACCUUGUGCUCGCAGUACAAGGCUGCUCUAGGUCAGCAACCCCCUGCCAAUGCGGAAUGGCUGGAUCGCUUCAACGAAUGCAAGUAUGUUCCGCUCCCUGGAUACUCAUGUCAGUCAGAUCAAAAUUGUUUGGCAUGUAAUGUUUCAAAACCAAACAAUUCUCACUGGCUCACUGUGAAUGAUCGCUACUCCUCUCCGAGCCAGUCAGUCACCAUAACUUCUCUUUGUGAAUUCGCUUGCGACCAAACCUUCUUUAUCGCUCCGACUUCGCCGCCCACCUGCGUACCAUGUGACGUCUACAUGAGCAAUUUCAGCGAUGCGACUUUGCCCGCCCAUGGCCUCUGGCAGGCUUCUACUGCCGUCUGCACCAGUGACUCGUGGAUGUGCACGGCAGGUUACAGCCGCAGCAACACAAGCCGCUACUGCUGUCCGAACGCCGUCAACCAUUCCGUAGUGAACCAGAGCUAUGCUCCCUGCGGCGUCUCUUGCGAGUAUGGGUAUCGAUGGAGCAACGAGCUGGCUUCAUGUCUCCAGUGCAAUACCAACAUGACGGAGGGAACAUUCAGAUGGUUGUUGGAUUGCGACUUCGAAUGCUUCUGCAAUGAUACUGUUUGCUAUCAUGGCAAAGAGACUCUCGGUGCAUGUUACACCUGCCAGGAGUAUUCACAAAAGGUCGGAUGGGUUCCUCCACUGUACGGGGAGUAUCCAGUGUAUUCCAAGACUUGUCGCGUUGAUGAUUGGCAGUGCAAGAAUGACACUUUCAGCAAGUCGCUGGUGGCUACGCCUCCUGGAUGCUGCCUGAAGUCGACUCCCAACGCCGUAGCGAAUCUUUCCAGCCCAGCCACGUGCAACUUGGAUUGUGAGCCCGGGUACAGGUGGGAUCCUACCAGGAAGCAAUGCUUCUACUGUGGGAUUCCCUUCCCACGAUCUGCGCACAUGCUCUGGUCGUCGUUGACCUGCAAAUGGAUAUGUGAGCCUGCGUUUAUGCAAGUCUUUAACUCUUCCUCUAUCCAAUCUGAAGAAUUUCAAUGUCUCAAUUGUCCGACCUAUGCAGCUUUCAAUUCCUGGCAGCUACCUAGCCUCGCGUAUUGGGUCAACUCAACCACACUGGAGCAGCAAGAAUGCCCCGGCGAAACUUUGCUGUCAGAAUCUGAGUUUCCCAUUCAAUGCUGGAGAGACAAGUACUUGCUCACUGUGUUCAUGCACAUGUGA